AUGCCUAUAGGACCUUCACUGCCCCCACACCUUGCUCAUCUGACGAGGAACAGGACACCUUCUCCUGAAGGGCCUGCACCGCCAGCUUCGGUGAUACCAGCCGAAGAUGAGGAAGAUGAGGAAGAUGAUUUCGGACCUGCACUUCCACCUCAUCUGGCGGCUGCUCGAAAAGCCAAAGCAGGACCUUCGAUCCCAAUCGCUGGACCUUCUUUGCCUCCUGCAGGACCAUCUCGGCCGCCUCUGCCGCCUGGACACUAUGAUGACGAUGAUAGUGACGAUGAUGUGAUAGGACCAGUACCAGUACCUACCAAUGCCGAAGAAGAGUCUUCAUCCGCCGUGAAAGAGUUCUUGGAGCGAGAAGAGAGACGUAGAAAGAUCCUAGAAGAGCAAAAUAAACCGAAGGAGAAGAAAAGGGAGGAAUGGAUGUUGGUUCCUCCCACAAGCGGAGUGUUGUCGAAUGUGGAUCCCCUUCGAAAAAGACCCACCACGUUUUCGAAAUCAGUGAAAGAACCGGAAUCAGUUGAUCAUAGCGUAUGGACUGAAACUCCUGUAGAGAAAGCUCAACGUAUAGCGGAUGAGGUUGCAGGUGUGAAGAGGAAAAAGGACAAAGCGGGUGAAAGAAUCAUGUCGUUCGAUGACGAACAAGAAGAAAGAAGGAAGAGAAGGAAAGAAGCGGAAAUCCGGGAGACUCUACAGCAGCACAAUCGAGGUCCCUCAUUGCUGGAUCAACACUCAUCGAAAAUAUCCAAAAAGAAGAAGGGUGACGACGAUGAUGCCCCUGCUAUAUGGGAUCGUGAUCGAGAUAUGGGUGUUACAGGCAGAUUGUUGACCGAUCAAGAGAGACAGAAGAAAAUCAAAGAUGCCAGAGGGCUGGGAGAUAGGUUUGGUCAUGGAAAGGCUGGAGCAUACAGCAUGUAA